AAACACCAACACUUUGCUCUUGCGCAGCACCCAACUUCUUCCUCCCACCCCCCAGCUCAAUCAACACAAUCAGACACAAUGGCUGACCGAGGAACUUCUCGCGGUGGAGGCUUUGCUUCCCGAGGUGGUGACCGUGGCAGAGGUCGCGGACGAGGCCGUGGCCGCGGUCGCGGUAAGAACGAGGAGAAGGAGUGGCAGCCCGUCACCAAGCUCGGUCGUCUCGUAAAGGCCGGCAAGAUCAACAGCAUGGAGGAGAUCUACCUGCACUCUCUGCCCAUCAAGGAGUACCAGAUCGUCGACAACUUCCUGCCCAAGCUCAAGGAUGAGGUCAUGAAGAUCAAGCCCGUCCAGAAGCAGACCCGUGCCGGUCAGCGAACCCGAUUCAAGGCCAUUGUCAUCAUUGGUGACUCCGAGGGCCACGUCGGUCUCGGUAUCAAGACCUCCAAGGAGGUUGCCACCGCUAUCCGUGCCGCCAUCAUCAUCGCUAAGCUCAGCGUCAUCCCCGUCCGUCGUGGUUACUGGGGUACCAACCUUGGUGCCGUCCACUCUCUGCCCACCAAGGAGAGCGGAAAGUGUGGUUCCGUCACCGUCCGUCUCAUCCCCGCCCCCCGUGGUACUGGCCUCGUUGCCUCCCCCGCUGUCAAGCGAUUCCUCCAGCUCGCCGGUGUCGAGGACGCCUACACAUCCUCUGCCGGUUCCACCAAGACCCUCGAGAACACCCUCAAGGCUACUUUCGUUGCCGUCUCCAACACCUACGGUUUCCUCACCCCCAACCUCUGGAAGGAGACCAAGCUCAUCCGAAGUCCCCUGGACGAGUUCGCCGAUACUCUGCGCGAGGGCAAGCGAUACUAGAGCGGGAAUGUUUUAUGAACUGAUGGGAGCUGGAAACUGGUGCCGCGGAGUCACGAAUCAAUUGUGUUUCAUUGCAUAGGUUGGCCGGUUAGGACACUUCAGAUCGUAUAGGCUAUGGUGACUGAUGGCUUAACGGUCUGAAAUGAAAAAGAAAUUUCAUCCUUCACGUUGCGUUUUAACGAUUUAAAUUAUUGCUCUCCUA